AUACCUAGAUCAGUUUCAAAAACACUUUAUCAGUAAAUAAAUAAACGAAUAUUUUAUUUUAAAUUGGCGGGAUAAUACGUCAAAAUUUGACAUUGACGUGUUUGACAUUUGUGCGGUAAUGAGUGUUCAUAACCUAUCUUCUGUUUCCACACAAGAUCACAAAAGACUCGGUUCAUCUUGUAGACACUAAUAGAACAAAAUAAGUAACGAAACACCAAGCCAAAAAGUUGAGGUUAAGUUUCUUUAAACAUGUUAAAACUUAAGUGUUUUGCUAAUAUCUCAUUCUAUCGAUUUGUAUCUACGUCACCGAGUAAUAUUGUGGAACACCUGAAUAACAGAACAUUGAUACGUGUGUCCGGACCAGAAGUAUCGAAUUACCUCCAAGGUUUAAUUACUAAUGAUAUUGAACAUCUUAGCUCUGGACCUGGCAGCAUGUACACCAUGUUUUUAAAUACUGCUGGUCGAGUUCUUUAUGAUACAAUUAUAUAUCGAAAUUCGGAAGAAAAUACAUACUUUGUUGAAUGUGACAAGUCAAUAUCAGAGACUUUACAAAAACACUUGAAGAUACAUAAAGUUAGACGCAAAAUUGAUGUUACAAGCUUAGCAGAUGAAUUAAAAAUUUACGCUGUGUUUAGUAAUGAUAAAAUAAAUACAACUAGUGAUAACUCACAACUUUCAGGUGGUUCUAUAGCGCCCUGCCAGGAAUUAAAUAAAUCACAACCCACAGCACUGUUUAAAAGUGAUCAAGAUAUUAAUAUUUUUCGAGAUCCAAGAAUCACUCAUUUAGGAUCACGAGUUAUUGCAAAAACUGAUGUAAAUGUAUUUGAGAAAUUAAGUAAGGUCAUCAAUUUGGAAGAAAACACAAGUGGAGUGAACUAUCGCUGGUUACGAUAUAGUUUGGGAGUGGGAGAAGGAGUAGAAGACUUGCCUGUCGGCGAUUGCUUUCCUCUGGAGUGUAACUGUGAUUAUUUGCAUGGUGUUAGUUUUCACAAAGGGUGUUAUAUUGGUCAAGAAUUAACAGCGCGAAUUCAUCACACUGGGGUUGUUAGAAAACGAUUAAUGCCUAUUCAUUUUACUAAGAUUCCUUUAAAAGUACCUGAUAAAAGGAUUGUCCAAGAUAAAGUGAAUUUAGGAAAGUUGAGAGGAGUGGAAAAAGACGUUGGAUUAGGUGUACUGAGGGUUAGUAAUGUUUUAGCCAUUAAAGAAAUUAAAUUAGGAGAUGGGAUUGGUGUAGUUUCAAGACCUAAUUGGUGGCCUGUUGAAGCACCAAAAGAAAAAAUUAAUAUCUCUAAAUUACAAUAAAAUAGUACUGCAGUUUAAGGCAGCUUGUAGUGAAUAAUAAAAUGGAACCAGUAAAAUUUGACUGUGAAGAUUCUAAACCUUCCACGUCACAGGACAC